AUGAAGACCAAGGAGCUCUGCGAACAGAUCAGGGAUAAAGUUGAAAAAGGAAACAUUGCAGUUAUAUUUAAUGUUGGAACGGACGACAUAAAUAUCGAGGAGACAGCAAAGUUUGUAAAUGAUGGAAAGUACCAUAUAGUGAAGUUUACACGGAGUGGCGGUAACGCCACACUACAGGUGGAUGACCUACCUGUCAUAGAGCGCUAUCCCACAGGUCGGCAGCUCACUAUCUUCAACAGCCAGACCACCAUACAGAUAGGUGGCUGGGACCGGGACAGGAGUCGCUCGUUUCAGGGCCAGCUCUCAGGCCUCUACUAUAACGGGCUGAAGGUGUUCAACAUGGCCACGGAAGGAGAUCCUAACAUCCGCAUCCAGGGGAGCGUGAGACUGGUGGGGGAGUCACCCUCUUCCAUCACGCCACAGUCCAGUGCCAACACGGACAACCGGUCGGAGACGUCCACCUCCAUUAUGGAGAUCACCACGACAAUGGCGUCCAGUAGGAAAGUGAAGCAGACGACGCCACGGGAACCUCAUCAG